GCUCGGGGGGUCGGGGGGGCCUCUCAUGGGAUGCCAAGCCCACAUGGGAGGGGAAACAGAGGUUCCGAGAGAGCACGUCUGUCUGCUGGUUGACCCCCCUAGCACCAUUUCCAGUCACCCCAUUUAGAAAAUGCCCCCCUCGUGCCGCUGGCCUGCCUGGCCUUGUCUCCUCCCAUGCUGCCCUCGCUGAUCACCGUCCAGUGCUCGGGCCUUCUCUCUGUCCCUCAUACAGCCAAGUGUGCCCCAUCUCAACGCCCAGGCCCUCAGGCCUCCCCGCGCCCGGAUGUGUCCCUUACCCGCUGCAGUCUUCGAGUGACUGGUCUCUUGUGUCACUCCGAUCCUAGCUCCAACCUGGCUCCUCUGACCCACCAGCCGGAUCUCAGGUGUGCCCGUCCCCCGUCCCUCUCCAUCACCUCACUGUCACUCCUGCAUCCAGUGCCAUUGUCUGUUAGCCUGUUUACUAUCUAGCCCCUUCCCCCCGUCGGGUGUGGUUCCCGGGGGGGCACAGGCCCUGCCUUUCUUCUUCCUGCUGUGUCCCUAGCUCCCAGCAAAGGGCCUGGCAGGUGGCGGGAACCCACCGAAUCCCUGCUGCCUGAGGAGGAGCGGCGUGUGAGCACAGCCCCGAGGGAGCCGGUGCAGAGCCCAGCCCGGAGCCCAGGGCUCCUGCCGUCCAGCCUGGGGCCCUCUCCACACCACCCGCCAGGCCCAAGCUCCGUCCUGAGCUGCUCCGGCAGCCGCAAGUGCGUACGGGGCCUCACUGGCAUCCGAUGACCCCGCCGUGGGUGAAGCGGGGAAGAAGUGCGGCGUGCCAGUUUUGCUGAUGGGGAGACUGUGGCAGGGAGGGGGUGCCGGGUGAUCUGCCUGAGGGCAGCGGAACGGAGCGAGGUCCGUGACCAGGUUUUCGGGGAGGUCCUGCUGCCUGAGGGGCUCUUCACCUCGAUGCCCCGUUCUCCCUGCAUGGAGGGCAGCACCUCACGGCCGCCCUGGGAGGGAGACGGGCCAGAGAGGCCGCCCUGCAGCCCAGCGGUUUCAGGGCACCGGCCUAUGAAGUCAACCAAACCUCACCGGUCACCGACCUGCCCGUGACCUAGUGACCAUGGGAAGUCUCUUGGCCUCGGUCCCUCACCAUACAACGCAGACAGGAACGGGGCUGCCUCCUGGGCCACUGGCAGAGGAUGGCUUGGUCAAGGGCCUGUCCCGCAGGUCUGCAUUCUGCCUCCCUCCCUGUGACCCUGAUCGCUCUCUGCCAACUUCCUCGGAAUGUGAGAACAAACCGGAAGUAGCCAGAGCUUCUUGGAAGGAAGACUAUAAAAAGCCUCGGCAAUGUCAUGACUUCCCUUUAAGACACAGCGUUGGGCCUCACCCCAGGUUCUCUCCUCCUGGCUCACGCAGGUACAACCCCAAAGGGACCAGAGGAAGAGGGCGGGCGGCCCCGAGAGACACCUCCCUGCCCCAGAUCUGCCCUACCAGAGGCAGGGGGCCGCGGUGUGUGGCAGGGACAGCCCGAACGGCGAGAGGGCUGGUUUCUAGACCCACAGCCCCUCUGUGCCGGCUCUUCCACCCCUCUCUGCACAGAGCCUCCUUUUCCCUCUUCUGGGCUUCAGGAGGAUGCCUGAGAUCACGUCUGGGAAGCGCUCAGAGCUCCCCAGAGAGAGAACAGAGGGAUCCAAGCCCAGCAUUCCGAGGGGUCAGAGCUCUUCACGCCUCUGCGCCCUUGCACACAAGGCCUUUUCUAACCCCGAUCACCUGGGAACUCCUCAGCCUUCCAGGGCUUAGCUCGGAAUACCGCAGCCUCCGUGAAGCCUCCAGAAGCCUGCCAACCCGGAAGCAGGCCUGGCCAGUGCCCCUCCGUUCCUUCCCCGAGUACCCUGGCUCCUUACCACGCUGGGAGCUCCUGGAGGGCAGGGCCGCACCUUCUGCCUGUGUCCCUGGCACCCCAGGGCCUGAUGUGCAACAGCCGGUCAAGAAAAGUCAGACAAGGCCCUGGCCUGCUCCCUCGUUCCUCUGAGAUCAUGCUGCUUGCAAAUGGUCACUCCAAGCAUAUGAGAAAAGGUCUCCGUGAGGGGAGAAUAUGGAUAUACUGUUUUAUUUUUUAAAUAAACCAAAUAUUUCAAACGUCACUUUCAAAAAGGAUUACACAUGCAGGAAUCUUAACAGUGAACAAGCAAAGAGAG